GCUCUCAGUCCCAGCUCAUCCCAUCCCCCAAAGCUUUCUGCCGCUGAUGAUCAGCACUUGGAACUACACGGACGCCAACCGCGAGGCAUGGACCGUGCUCCGGCAGGGCCCCCGGCGGACGCGACAGGCCGUGAUCCAGGGCUGCCUGCACUGCCAGAAUUCGAACAGCUGCGGCCGCCUUCUGGGCGGUCACAGCGCUCCCGACAGCUCCGGCGGGAUCACCCUGGAGGCGGCCCUCAUUGAUGGCGCAAACAUGGACUACGGGGCUGUGGCCGGAAUGGCAGGGAUACGCAAUGCCAUCGGAGUGGCGCACGACGUCCUGAGGUACACGAACCACUCGCUGUUGGUGGGUGAGGCUGCCGCCAGGUUCGCCGAGGCCAUGGGGCACAAGAAAGAGGUUCACUCCCUUUCGACCACUUUGGACGUCCUGCUCCCCUGGCUUCUGGGCAAAUGUCAGCCCAACUUCUGGCGGAAUGUGCGUCCGUUGGCCAACGACAGCUGCGGCACGUUCUCGCCGCUUCCCCAGGAGCAGCAGCAGCGGGAGAUGCGUCAGGAGUACCCCAUCGAGCCGGGCCACCACGAUCAGGUGGGCUUCCUGGCCCUGGACACGGAAGGCCACCUCCAUGCGGCCAGCCUCUCGAGCGGCGCGCGCUUCCGCAUCCCCGGGCGAGUGGGCGAUGCUGCUGUGCCCGGAGCCGGCAUCUAUGCCGACAACCAAGUGGGCGGCGCCCUGGCCACCGGAGACGGGGAUGUCCUGAUGCGCUUUUUGCCCGCCCUGUUGGCCGUAGAGGCCCUCCGCGCCGGACAGUCACCGGCCAGUGCCGCCGAGGCGGUGAUGCGACGCCUUCUCAGGCACCACACGGAGUUCAAUGGCGGCCUGGUGGUGGUCAGUCGACUGGGUGUCUACUCGGCGGCCUGCGCCGGUCUGGAUGAGUUCCAGUUUGUGGUUAGCGGCGAGAGCAGUGGCAGGUCCAUGCGUCGAGUAGAGGGAAUCAAAUGCUUGGAUCGCCAUGAAGUCGUAACCGGAGGACCCAGGGGAAAUUUCUAUGUAGUCUCCAAGAAGAUAUGGGCGGCCGGGGGGGAAGAUGUCUUGGUACAGCGAGUGGAGAAAAUUACGCUUAACGAAGGAGUCGAUUCCCGAGAGUUUGAGGAGGAAUACUUAGAAGACAAGGAUGCGGAAAUAGACGUGGAUGAAGGGGAGAAAGCGGAGGAGGUACGAUCCCUCUUAGACGAAUCUCCGGGAGAUCUUUUGCUCCAUCAGCUCGGCCUUGCGCCACCUUUUCCCUUCCGUUUUCCUUUUAUAUACUUUUGAGGGGAAAAAAACCUUGCCCUCUGCCGACCCCCUCUCUGCAGAGCUCGCAAUUUGUAUAACAAUUUCAGUUUUUCCAGUUUUCCAUUUUCGGGUCCUUUCGUUUUCGUUUCCCGCACUCGUAUCCCCAAUUCAUCUGCUUUGCAUAUUUCUUUGUUAUUUUUCAGUAUUAUUUUCCCUUCUUUUUCCAUUUCGGGGGUUUAGUCUCCCCACCCCCUCUGGACCGCCCCCUGCCUUGCGAUUGUGUAACGUAAUCCCCUCGUGUUGGUUUCCUUCGAAAAUCUGCUGUAAAUGUAUGCAAAUAAGUACAGUUGUGCUUUAAUUUGUGCGAGUCCCACAAACUUUUGACGGGUGUGACCUAACCAUUAAAGUUUUUCCGGGAAAGUUUUCAAUUGCGGCAAAGGAAAACGAAGGAAAAUCUGCGGGGACUGCUGUAAGCUAACUAUUUUUGACCAGUAUUACUACGAAAUAUGCUAGAUACCAGAGCUUGUACUACCACCACAAUCUACUCGUAGAAUAUCGUUCGUCAAAGCUCUUGAAGAGCUGCACUCCAUUCAAUUAAAAGCGCAAAUGUCUUACUCAGCCUUAUCUAUCACACGCCACGAUUAUAUUUUUGUGUGUCAUAAAAAUUGAUUGCAAAUAGUCGCUGCGAUCCGCGGCGAUAAGUCAAAGAUAACCCACAGGCACAGAAAAUACCAAUUGGCCGGCAAUGGGCAAUCGAAAGGCAACCAAGCAAUAGACGACAAUAAAAAAACACUAUA